AUCUAAACACAGAAAAUUUAACGACAAGCACACGUGCCAAAGCGCGUGAACAAUGGCAUAUAUACAGUAUAUCAUUUUCAAGAUUUGUCAAAGGUCAACUCCUGGUCUCUCUCUCUUUUCUUUUUCUUUUCUCUCUCUAAAUACAUACGAAGCUGAAACUAGAAACAUAACCAAUUGACAGUUUUUAUUUUUAUUUUUUGUUUAAAUCAAUAAAUUUGAAAAAUAAAAAUUCAAAUUAUAGCAUUUAAAAGCAUAGUAACGAACUAAAUGAAUAAAAUAAUAAAACUUGAGAUUCAAAAACUGCACCUGAUCAAGAACCAUCCAACAACCUUCUUCUUCUUCUUCUUCUUCUUCUCCUUCUUGAGAUCUCCACGCCAUUUUCCCACACUAUAAAUCCACUCUCCCUCUCUUUCUCCCCUUCUCUCUCUCUCUCUCUCUCUGUAACUUUGAAGUGUUAAUGUUGGUACUAAAAAGCUGCGCUCUUUUCAUGUUUUAAAUGCCUCUCUGUUCCUUUCCCAGCUUUUCACUGUAUCUCCCACUAAAGCUACCUCUGCUUUCUCUCUUUAUUAUUACUGCUUACUCUUUUCUAUAAACCCUAAAAUUUCUCAUUAAAAUUCAAAAAAGACUAACAUUAUGGCUUCCAUGAUCAGCUCCUCCAAUAGAAAACCUUUUGUUUUCGAAAAAAGACCUUUGAUGAUGCUUAAAGAUUAUCUUCAAGAUGAUUUCAGCUCAUGUUCAUCCAACGGCUUCAAAUCUUUCCCUCGCCGUCAAUGCUGCACCACUGUCCGAUUUCUCCUCGAGAUCGAUCUCAAUUCUAACAGCAAACCCAGACAACAACAUUUCAGAAGAAGCAAAUCAUCUAAAUCAGCUUCUUCUACAUUCUCUGCUCUUCAUAAAGCCGUCAUUAACGCCGUUAAGCUACUCCCAUUUCCUUCCUCCAACUCUAAGUCUUCUUCUCCGUCGGCUUCAAAGUUUUUGCCUAGAAGCUUUUCACGGAAGCUAUUCAAGAAAAGCUUCUGGAGAAAAGUUGAACCUAAAGAAAGAGGAGGCGGCGGCCAGAUCACACGGUCAAGAUUGUUCCAUGAAUUCCUCAUAGAAGGAGAUAAUACAAAGUCCAACAUUAAUCACGACGCAAAUCAACAGCAUUUAACAAGUUCAAGCGGUAACUGCAACAGUAACAGUUGGAGCGAGAACGAAUUUAGCGGUAAUUCAAAGAGUUACUGCAGCCGAAACACCGCCGUUAGAGAAAGUGCAAAAGAUUCACCAAUAAAGAAACUAGUCAGCGAUGGAGUAGGCGUACCAGUCGCUAAGGAAUGGGCGAAUGAGGAGGACAAAGAACAAUUUAGUCCGGUGUCUGUGCUGGACUGUCCGUUCCAGGACGAAGCGGAAGAAGAAGAUAAUGGCUGUCCUUUCCAGCGAAGGCUUGAUCAUGUGGAAGGUGCUAAACAGAAACUUCUGGCAAAGAUCAGAUCAUUUGAGAGUCUUGCUCAACUAAAUCCAGUGAACCUGGAAAAGCAAAUUGAAUUAGCAGGGUGUGAAGACGAUGAAUCCAUUAAAUCCACAAUACAAACUCGUUCUUUAUCCAUAGAUGUUAAAGAAGAAAGAGCUCAAGAACUUCUUGAGCUUGUCAAGACGACAUUACCAUCAUCGAAUAGCCUUAUAUCUAAUGCUGAAAGCGUAUUGUUGGACUUCUUCAGAGAAAAAAUUCUUGAAAAUAAUGCAAGUAGUAGCAUGGUAAAAGGAAGCAAAGAAUUCAAGCAAGAAUUAGAAGCGAUUCAAGAUUGGCUAAAUGGAAACCCGCAAGAAAUGUUCUUAGGGUGGGAGGUGAAGGAAAGUAGGCAUAUUUAUGUUAAAGAGAUGGAGAAGAGUAGGAAGUGGAGAAACUUAAGUGAAGAAAAAGAAGAGUUGAUCUUAGAGUUUGAGCUUGAGAUUUUCACUUCCUUGGUGAAUGAAGCCUUAUUUGAUCUUCUAAGUUAACGUCCUUGGUAGGGAAUUUAGUUAGAUGAAAUAUCUGUUAAAUAUUUUGAUCAACUCAAGGUUGUUUUACUCAUUUGAAGGCAGCUGUCGUUUUAGCUUUGAAUGAUUAAAGCCACCUUGAAGCAGCAGGCACUUUGAGAAAGCCUUAAAUUUUUACUUCAGCAGCAGAAGCAAGAUGGUGAAAUUUUGAAA